GCCACAUUUGUCUCUCAGGCAUGAGCUUUAGAGGCCCUAGCUGGCAAACACCACACAUUACUUGGUCCCCACUUGGCCCCUCCCAGGUGUGGGCAUUGGGGAAACUGAGGCUCAGAGUGUUUCAUGAGAGCUCAGCUCCAGUGUGAGGCGGGUACCCUGAACCCCAUCACUAUGGGUUAUCCCACAAUGGACAGCCCAGUUAUGAGCAUGAAACAUCUAUAUCCCCAGGGCAUUCAGAUGCUGCAAGUCCAAAAGCAAGUUCCAGAUCUUCCCCUAAGUCCUGCUCUUACAUGCUCAGCCUGGGACCAGUGUGGCCCUGAUCCUCUUACCACCUGAUCUCUGGCUGGGCUGUGGCAUGGCCCAUGGAUAGGUUCCUGUCUCUCUCCAAGAAACAGCACCUGGCACUUUCUCUGCUCAGCCUUGUACACAUACUGGAUCAGAACCUCAGCACCCACUGCCCCUUGUGCCUAGAGGAUUACUUUCUCAUCCCUGGGCGUCGCAGGGCUAACACCAUCAGUUGUUCAAGCUCCACCUCACCCCGGGCUGCUCCUGAUCACCCACCACAUGCUCCUUGUGCCUCCUCCUGCAUUUUCUCCAUAGUUAGAUGUGAAGAAACAUGGAUUAGCUGUGGAGCAGCUAGGGGCCACUGUGGGGUCUGCCCCUGGUGGAGGUGCCCUGGCUAGCACUGCGGGGGCUCACUGUACUACACCCCUGCACCAUGCAGGCUGCCAGCAGCCUGGAAGCUGGCCUCAUGGAAAUGCCUUUGGUCGCUCACUGCCUUGUCCUUCUCACCCAGGAAACUAUGCCCCAGACGUCUGCCGUUUUCUCUGGCUUCCUUGGGCCCAGCUGUAGCGGACAGGUGCAGCCUGGCAUGGGGGAGCGGGGAGGCGGGGCCAGCGGUGGCUCCGGGGACCUCAUCUUCCAAGAUGGACGCCUCAUCUCUGGGUCCCUGGAGGCCCUAAUGGAGCACCUGGUCCCCACGGUGGAUUAUUACCCUGAUAGGACGUACAUCUUUACGUUCCUCCUGAGCUCCCGAGUCUUCAUGCCCCCUCAUGACCUGCUGGCCCGAGUCGGACAGAUCUGCCUGGAGCAGAGGCAGCAGCUGGAGGCUGGGCCUGAGAAGGCCAAGCUGAAGUCCUUCUCAGCCAAGAUUGUGCAGCUUUUGAAAGAAUGGACAGAGGCUUUUCCUUAUGACUUCCAAGACGAGAAGGCCAUGGCUGAGCUGAAGGCCAUCACACACCGUGUCACCCAGUGUGAUGAGGAGAAUGGCACAGUGAAGAAGGCCAUUGCUCAGAUGACACAGAGUCUGCUGCUGUCACUGGCUGCCCGGAACCAGCUCCAGGAGCUGCGAGAGAAGCUCCGGCCACCAGCUGUGGACAAAGGGCCUGUCCUCAAGACCAAGCCACCGGCCACCCAAAAGGACAUCCUGGGUGUGUGCUGUGACCCUCUGGUGCUGGCCCAGCAGCUGACUCACAUCGAGCUGGACAGGGUCAGCAGCAUCCACCCUGAGGACCUGAUGCAGAUCAUCAGCCACAUGGACUCCCUAGACAACCGCAGGGGUCCUCUGGGCUCCCUGAGACCUACGGUGUCCCCACAGUGUCGAGGGGACCUGACCAAGACCUACAGCCUGGAGGCCUAUGACAACUGGUUCAACUGCCUGAGCAUGCUGGUGGCCACAGAGGUGUGCCGGGUGGUAAAGAAGAAGCAUCGGACCCGGAUGUUGGAGUUCUUCAUCGACGUGGCCCGAGAGUGCUUCAACAUUGGGAACUUCAACUCCAUGAUGGCUAUCAUCUCUGGCAUGAACCUCAGUCCUGUGGCACGGCUGAAGAAAACCUGGUCCAAAGUCAAGACGGCCAAGUUUGACGUCUUGGAGCACCACAUGGACCCAUCCAGCAACUUCUGCAACUACCGCACAGCCCUGCAGGGGGCCACGCAGAGAUCCCAGAUGGCCAACAGCAGUCGGGAGAAGAUCGUCAUCCCUGUGUUCAACCUCUUUGUUAAGGACAUCUACUUCCUGCACAAAAUCCACACUAACCACCUCCCCAACGGGCACAUUAACUUCAAGAAAUUUUGGGAGAUCUCCAGACAGAUCCACGAGUUUAUGACAUGGACUCAGGUGGAGUGUCCCUUCGAGAAGGACAAGAAGAUUCAGAGUUACCUACUCACGGCGCCCAUCUAUAGUGAGGAAGCUCUCUUCAUCGCCUCCUUUGAAAGUGAAGGUCCUGAGAACCACAUGGAGAAGGACAGCUGGAAGAACCUCAGGACCACCCUCCUUAACAGAGCCUGAGGUGCCAACGCGGCUGCAGCGGAUGGAGCACACGCACGAGUCAGUGUGAACCUCGAGUGAUGUGGGCAGAGCUGAAGUGGCCUCACUGGUUGGGGUCCAUUUUGUAUAUAACUUUUAUGAGAAGAAAAUGGUAAUUAUUUCAUGCAUCAGCCUUUGGCACUUACAAAGUUUUUUUGUUUAUUUUAAAUAACAGGGCAGGGCCCUGCUUUGGGGAGGGGUGGGGGAAAGAGUAUCAUGGGAGAUGGCAUCCAUGAUAGCGUCUUAUUCUGAUGAAAUGUAGAUUUUUAUUUUCUACUUUUGAUUAUUAACAUCUUAAAAAAAUUUUAAAAAACCCAACCAAAAUCAACGUGAGCCCUGCCUGCUUGGACGCCUUUCCAGCCAGUGUCUCUGAUGUCGGGGUUAGUGCCUUAGAGGGUACUGGGGCUGUCUUCCUGCUCCGCCAUGAAGCGCUGGCCCUCCCGAGCCUGGGCCUUAGGGCUCCUGUGGGGGCCCCAUGGCCCGAAGGUCUCAUCUGCACACUUCUGGAAGCCCUUUGGGUGUGGGCUUUCCAAAGUUUACAUUUUUAUUUUCCUUUGUCAGGGAUUUGUGGGGUCAGGGAGGGGCAAGGGCACCUGGCUAUAUUUUCUGUAACAAUGUGUCUGGCAGAUGGUUCUCCAACACACUUUAGAAAUAAGGAAAUCUAAAAUAAUGCAAGGGAGGGAGUUGUGGAGUUGUCAGUUUGAAAGACACUGAGCUGUUAUGAGCCAAAGCAGGCUCUGGGACGGUGACAACGCAGAGUUGUUCUCAAAGCCCACGUACAGAAGGAGGGAAGCCCAAGAGCCAGUGUUCUAGAGGACUGGUCCCCUCCCCUAGUUGGAAUCUGAAACACAGAAAAUCCACCAUGCUGGCACUGAUGGAGCCCAUUCAGAUAACACUGCCCCAUGCUGGGAGGUACUUUUCUACACCCAGCCUAGAGGAGCACACUCUAUUUUCCACGUCUGACUUCCUAGUGUAAGCCCUGGGCCUUACUGACCAAGGACAGGAUGGCUCUCCCUCAGAAAGCCAGAGGUGGUCUGUCUCCCUUUUUACCCUUGUCCCUCCCCACAUGCCUGGCUUCAGGAAGCUUGGGCAAGGAUGGGCCAGGUCCCAUUUCCCAAAGCUCUGUGGAGAGCCUGGAGACCCGCAGGCUGGCCUGGGGAGACGGUGACCCUGGGCCCACUGAACUGAGGCCCUGGGCAGAGCGAGAAUAGUUACACUGUAUUGUCACAGUGUGUUUGCACUUUCCCACGUCCUAGCUAGUACAGAUUGUAUAUUGAUAGUACAUAUUGCUUUGUUUAUGUCUUUGAGAUAAAGGCUUAAAACUUGAGAAUAUAUAUUUGGAAUACAGUGUUAGAACGUUUUCUGUACACGUGUUAAAGGGCCUUCACGUCCACGUGCACUUCAUGGGUGACCAGUUCUACUUGAAACAGUGUCUGCGUCUGCUACUUUAUUUUCCCAAUUUGAUACAUACCUUAAAUUUGAUGUUUUGGUAUUCUGAGAUGAACUCUUGAGUAUAAAGCUGUACCAUAAUGCAGGAUGUCAGUUUUGGUGUGACUGGACAUACUUGCAUCAAUAAAAGAACACAUCGCUCCC